AUGCCGCCCGACGGCGGAUUCCUCAUCGCGAACGCGGGGCGCACCGGGUUUUACAGGGUGAAUUACAGCGAGCCGCUGUGGGAGGCCUUCAUAGCUGCCGCCAGGGACGAAAACAAGAUACCAAAGAUUGACCUGGCGGGCAGCCUGGAUGACGCGUUCGCGCUCGCGCUGGACAUCCUGUCGACCGCUGGGCUGCAGAAUGCCACAUGGGCAGCCUGCGCCAAGGCGCUGCGGGGCUAUGCCUCAAACGCCGUCACGGGCCCGUUUUUGGCCAACGUCGCGGUCCCGAACCAGGCGGCCCCGGGGCUGUCGCUGGCGGUGGACCCCUCCCAGCCGGCCGAGGUGCGGCUGCUGCGGCCGGCGGUGCUGCUGGGGGCCGGCGCCCUGGGGGACACCAAGGUGGUGGAGGCGGCCGUGCAGCUGCUGGUUGGCGGCGGCGACCCCCACCCCGACGUGAGGGCGGCGGUGUACAAGCUUGCGGUGCUGUCGGGGCAGGAGGAGGCCUACGAGACA